AUGAAUAGCUUUUUCACAUCCAUUAACACCAGAAAUAGUGCCGGUUUAAUCUCAACUUUAAAUAGUGCUUACGCCCAACUUGCAACCGAGACUGAUCGGAUCUCCUUGUUCGUUUUAUCGGAACAAAUACGUGGAGCGGAAGCAAGUCUUACAGUUAUAGCAAAUGAACUCUUUCUUUCCACAGCUACUGCUACUCAAGCAGCUACAGCUACUACUGCAAGUACAAGUACACAAUCAACAAGUGCUGCAGAAGCUUCUAAAUCUGAAAAUACGGGAUCAUCUGUCCCUACUGUUGAAGCCGAUAUACUUUCAAAAAUUGCUGCAACUAAUAUCGAAGGAGCUCAGAAUGCGAUAUUUAAUGCUUCCAUCAACCUUAAUGAACUUCUUUGGGAACAAAACUUGUAUGACACAUACAUUAAUAAAGGUGCCAACAUCUUUUUAAUGAUUGCCUUUAUUGUCGCAUUUUUAGGUCACUUGGGGAUGAUGAUUCCUCUGAGAUAUUGGUAUUUUUCGGUUGCUCUUUUCUUGGGAAGUGGUAUUGAAUUUGCUGGAUAUGCCGGCCGUGUUCGUGCUGUUGGAGAUUACUCCAAUGUGGACGCAUUCUUACUUCAAUUCAUUUGUUUGACCUUGGCACCAGCUUUUGUUGCGGGUGGUAUCUACUAUCUUAUUGGCUACUUGUGUUUGGUGUACGGACCACAUUUCUCUCCAUUGCGUCCGAGAUGGUACAGUUACAUAUUCAUCACAUGCGAUGUUUUCAGUUUGGUUAUCCAAGCUUUGGGUGGUGGUAUUGCUGCAACUGCUCUUCAACAACACAAGAGUAGUGAAACCGGUACUAGUAUCAUGAUUGCAGGUAUUGGCUUUCAAGUGGCCAGCAUGACUCUCUUCAUCGUGUUAUACUUGUGGUUCUUGCACAGCGUGCACUUUAAAUUACCUGAAAAGCUUUAUGCACCAACUAUCAAGAACUGGUGGACAGUGGUUAUUAUGAAUCUGAAGAUUGAUCAAUUAGACCAUUUAUGGGAUCCUAAAAACUCACAUAUUCGUCGUAAGAAGCUCUUCAAGUAUAACCAACUUGUAAUCCUUGGAAGCAUAUUGUUUGUUUAUAUUCGUUGUAUAUACCGUGUGGUUGAAUUGGCUCAAGGAUGGACUGGAUUCUUGAUAACACACGAAGAGUAUGUUUUAACUUUGGACGGUAUGAUGAUUUUGCUUUCUGUAUUUUUGUUGUUGAUUAUGCAUCCCUACUUUUUGUUUGGCAAGAAGGCGUUGGUGUUGUUUAGUAUUGGUAAGAAAUCAUCUGAAAAAAAUAAAGUUGAAUCAGAUGAAGAGAGGGGACCGCAGACAGCUGAGAAAACCUUUGAUGAAACCAAUGAUUCGCUAUCUGAGCUGGACCUGAGAGUUGGUAGUGCUCACGAUGAUUCAUCUAAAGCAUAUCCUCCUACUACAAGGGGCUCAUUGUAG